AUGGAGAUCGAAUCCGCCGUCCGCAUUCCGUCGCCCGAGCCCGAACGCCCGAGGAAGCGCUCGCCUCCGUCGCGCUCGCCAUCCCCCAGGCGCUACCGCUCCCCUCCGCGGGGACGGUCGCGUACCAUAUCCCCCGAUCGCCGCGAUGACGACCGAACACGCGACCGCCAGCGCGACCUGGAAUUCCGCGCCAGACAGCCGUCGCCGCCAAAGCCGGUGACUGAGGAGCAGAAGCAGGCCGCCGCCAAGGCUGAGUACGAAAAGCUGCUCAACAUGCGUUCCGGAGGCACCUACAUUCCGCCCGCCAGGCUGCGCGCGCUGCAGGCCCAGAUCACGGAUAAGACCAGCAAGGAGUACCAGCGUAUGGCGUGGGAGGCCCUCAAGAAGUCGAUCAACGGUUUGAUCAACAAGGUCAACGUGUCCAACAUCAAGUUCAUCGUGCCGGAACUGUUCAACGAGAACCUGAUCCGUGGACGUGGCCUGUUUUGCCGGAGUAUCAUGAAGGCCCAAGCUGCUUCUCUGCCAUUCACGCCGAUCUACGCUGCUAUGGCAGCCAUCGUCAACACGAAGCUUCCGCAGGUCGGCGAGCUGCUUGUCACCAGAUUGGUCGUGCAGUUCAGGAAGGCUUUCAAGCGCAACGACAAGGCCGUCUGUCUGUCCUCAACAACUUUCCUCGCCCAUCUUGUCAAUCAGCAGGUUGUGCAUGAGAUGCUGGCUGCUCAGAUUCUCCUCCUGCUGCUCCACAAGCCGACGGACGACAGUGUCGAGAUUGCGGUGGGGUUGACGAGGGAGGUUGGCCAGCAUCUGGAGGAAAUGUCACAGCCUAUUGCCCUGGCUGUCUUUGACCAGUUCCGGAACAUUCUCCACGAGGCCGACAUCGACAAGCGGACGCAGUACAUGGUUGAGGUUCUGUUUCAGGUUAGGAAGGACAAGUACAAGGACAACCCCUCCGUUCGGGAGGAGCUGGAUUUGGUUGAAGAGGAGGACCAGAUUACGCACAAGAUUGGCCUUGAUGAUGAGCUGGAAGUGCAGGAUGGCCUCAACAUCUUCAAGUUCGAUUCGGAGUGGCAGGAGCACGAAGAUGCCUACAAGCAACUGAAGGCUGAGAUUUUGGGCGAGGCCGAGGGAAGCGAUGAUGACGAUGAAUAUGAAUCGGACGACAGUUCAGACGAGGAAGAGGAGAAGAAAGAUCGCGAGCUCGAAAUUAAGGACCAGACGAACACCGAUCUCGUCAACCUUCGCAGGACCAUCUACCUCACCAUCAAGUCGAGUGGUGGAUUCGAAGAGUGUUGUCACAAGUUGAUGAAAAUCAACCUACCAGCAGGCUACGAAAGCGAACUUCCGUCGAUGAUUGUGGAGUGCGCAUCCCAAGAGCGCACGUACGACAAGUUCUAUGGUCUCAUCGGCGAGCGUUUCGCCAAGCUGAACAGGCUUUGGAGGGACCUGUUUGAAGAGUCUUUCAUCAAGUACUACAACACGAUCCAUCGAUACGAGACCAACCGUCUGCGUAUUAUCGCGCAGUUCUGCGGCCACCUUCUUGCCAGCGAUGCCAUUGGUUGGCACGUAUUGUCAGCUAUUCGCCUGAACGAGAACGAUACUACUUCGUCGAGCCGUAUCUUCAUUAAGAUCCUCUUUGAGGAUUUGGCUCAGUCCAUGGGCAUGAAGAAGCUUGCCGAGCGUAUGAAAGAGGACGUUCUGCAACCCUACUUCGACGGCAUUUUCCCCAAGGACGAGAGCAGGAACACCAGAUUUGCCAUCAACUUCUUCACGGCCAUCGGAAUGGCCAGCCCCUCCUCCAGCUUUGCCGGAGCCGGAAAGCGACUCGGAAAGCGCUUCGUCAUACUCAAGCUACUCGAGCUACAGCUCUCGGUCAAGGUCUUAUUCAAGGUCGCGGUCGCCAUCCAGGUCACGGAGACGCAGGGACAGCUACUCACAGUCUCGGUCGAGAAGCCCUCGUGGAAGGAGUCGGUCAAGCCGGUCGCCCACUCCCGCUCGUCGCCGUACGGACCGCUCGUACAGUGGCUCGGUUUCACGAUCCCCGCCGCCCCGACGCAGACGAGCCACGUCAUCGAUGUCUCGUUCUCCGUCGCCAAAGAGGAACGGGCGCACGAGGGACUCGCUGUCACGUUCGCCCACCCCUCCGCGCACAGCACGCAAGGGUCGCAGCCCCUCUGCGUCUCGUUCGCGCAGCCCGCCUCGCCGCAGGAACCGUAG